AUGGAUUGGCUCCCUCACCGAACAGCUGCUUUUCUGUUCCUUUUAUCGGUACUCUUGGAUUUCAGCACAGGAUUUCAUGUAAAGGUAAAAGAAUGGGAUGAAAAUGGAAUGGCAAGAUGGAAAACCUUCAGAAGACAAAAACGUGAAUGGAUCAAAUUUGCUGCAGCUUGUAGAGAAGGAGAAGAUAAUUCUAAGAGGAAUCCAAUUGCCAAAAUCCGAUCAGAUUGUGAAGAAAAGCAUCCAAUCACAUACAGCAUCUCUGGAGUCGGAAUUGAUCGUGCCCCCUAUGGAAUAUUUGUUGUUAACCCAAGAACAGGAGAAAUUAAUAUAACAUCAAUAGUGGAUAGGGAAGUAACCCCAGUAUUUGUUAUACGUUGCUUUGCUAAACACUCAGUGACGGGUAUAGAUUUGGAACCACCCCUUGAACUUCGAGUCAGAGUUCUGGAUAUAAAUGAUAACCCUCCUAUAUUUGCACAAACUGUAUUUACAGGAUCUAUUGAAGAAAGCAGUAUGGACAACACACUGGUGAUGAAAAUAAUUGCAUCAGAUGCAGAUGAACCUAAUCAUUUGAAUUCUAAAAUUGCCUUCAAGAUAGAGAGUCAGGAACCUUCAGGUCCACCCAUGUUCAUUAUGAAUAAAUAUACUGGAGAACUCCAUCUUGCAAAUUAUCUUGACAGAGAGCAACAUAGUAGCUACACUCUUGUUGUGAAGGCAUCAGACCGGGAUGGAGCUGCAGAUGGAAUAUCAUCCCUUUGUAGCUGUAACGUUAAAGUUAUUGAUGUCAAUGACAACUUCCCAACUCUUGCUCAGAGCUCUUUUUCAGCAAGUAUUUCAGAAAAUUCACUCAGUUCAGAUCUGCUACGGAUACAAGCUCUGGAUGCUGAUGAAGAGUUUACAGACAAUUGGUUAGCAGAGUUUUUCUUUCUAUCCGGUAAUGAAGAUAACUGGUUUGAAAUCGUUACAGAUAGAGCUACAAAUCAAGGAAUCCUUAGAGUAAUUAAGGAACUGAAUUAUGAAUAUCUCCAAACUCACUCACUGAUUAUUGGUGUCAGGAACGUAGCUGCCUUCCACCACUCUGUUGCGCGUGACUUCCAAAUGUCUGGAACACCCCUCACAAUAGAAGUGAAAAACGUGAUUGAACCACCAAGAUUUCAUCCAUCCUCAGUUGUGUUUUCUGUAUCAGAAAGCACAAGAGUGAAUUAUGUUGUGGGAACAUACACAGCCAUCGAUGAGGACACAGGAGCUAUUGCAUCAAAUGUUGUAUAUAGUAUAGGACGUGAUCCAGCUGCCUGGUUCAGAAUCAAUCAAAACACUGGUGAAAUCACACUGAACAAAGUUAUUGACCGGGAAUCAAUCUAUGUAAUCAAUGGGCAGUAUAGAGCAGAGGUUCUGGCUAUCACCAGAGGGGUUACUCGAUAUACUGCUACUGGCACCAUUGUGCUUUCAAUACAAGACAUCAAUGACAACUGCCCAACUAUUAAUACUGAAUUAAGGAAAGUAUGUAUGCAUUCCCCAUCAGUGAUUAUCACAGCAAAGGAUAGGGAUGGUGACCCAUAUGGUCCCCCCUUUACAUUCAGCAUACAUGGUGAACCUCAAACUACAUGGAUUAUCAGAUCAAUAAAUGCUUCCUCUGCAGAACUAGUGAGUCAGAACAUUGACUUUUACAUCUAUAGGAUCUAUGUCAGUGUACGAGAUAACCAAGGCCGACGCUGCCUUAAACCACAUAUAAUUCCUGUGCAAGCUUGUCAGUGUGAUAGUCGUAAUUACUGCACCCGUGAGGCCACGGAAAUAAUUAUCAUUGGUGGCGGUGGCAGUGGCGGCGGCGGUGGUGGUGGCGGUGAAGGAGGAAAAGAUGAAGAAGAAACAACUGAGGACCACACAGAUGGUGGAUACAGUGAAGGAUAUACUGCAACCACUGAUGAUACUUAUAAUGAAGAAGAUGUUUAUAACAGACGUUCCCCAUCUUCUACCACACUUAGCGGCUCUGCCAUUGGCCUGAUGUUUCUUGGCGGAUUAAUAUUUGUCCUGAUUCCAAUUUUGAUGUCAAUGAGCGACUGUUGUGGCUGUGGACCUGGUGCUGCAGGUGGAGUUGGAACUGGAUUUGAACCUGUCCCUGAAUGCACAGAAGGGGCAAUUCAUCCAUGGGGAAUAGAAGGUGCACAGCCUGAAGACAGGGAUGUCUCACACAUUCUUGCCCCAACAACAGCUGCAGGAGGUGAUUUUGGUGAACCCUCUGACAUAUAUACAAACACAUAUGGAGGAGGAGGAGUAGUAGCUUCUGGUGUUGAAGAAACUACAGGGGUUGGCUAUGGCACUGGUACUGGUUACGGAACAGCUGGAGGAAUUUCUGGAACAGGGGAAGCAAAAGGGUCAAUUGGAGGAACAAUAAAAGAGUAUCGAGAAGGAGGGGUGAACAUGGCCUUCCUAGACAACUACUUCUCUGAGAAAGCAUUUGUUUAUGCAGAUGAAGAUGAAGGUCGGCCGGCAAAUGACUGCCUAUUAAUAUAUGAUCAUGAAGGAGUCGGUACUCCUGUUGGCUCUGUGGGUUGCUGCAGCUUUAUUGGAGAAGAUACAGACGAAACAUAUUUGGAUACAUUAGGACCAAAAUUUAAGACCCUGGCAGAGAUCUGUCUGGGCAAAGAGAUCGAACCUUUCCCUGAUGUCAACCUGCCCUGGCCAUGCGUUAACGUCACGUUUCCCAAUGCUGAAAGUGAUCUAAACCUCCCGCCACCUGGAACCACCAUCGUUGUCAAUGGAUGUGCACCUAUGCCUCCCCCGGUUGGCACUACAACGGUUGUUACUGAAAACACCUACACAUCUGGGUCAACCAUACAGCCUCCGAGGCCGAUGUCGGAUCCUUUGCUCCACGGCAACAUGACGGUGACUGAGACCUACACCUCCGGCUCCCCCUCUCUUUGCGUUGACCCUCUGCGUGCAUCCAAUGUUGUUGUAACAGAAAGGGUUGUCGGUCCUGCAUCUGCCUCUGAUUUGCGUGGCAUGCUAGAUAUCCCCGAUCUCGCAGAUGGUUCCAACGUUAUCGUCACGGAAAGAGUAAUCGCACCCAACUCCCGGCUCCCGACCUCUCUGAGCAUUCCCGAUUUGGUAGACGGGUCGAAUGUGGUGGUGACAGAAAGGGUGUUCAGGCCUGCCUCUGGCAUGCCAGGCAGCUUAAUAAAUAUUCCCUCAGAGUUAUCAAACACCCACAACGUGGUGGUCACCGAGAGGGUAGUGUCAGGGUCUGGGAUGAGCAGCCUGGGGGGGACAAGCCUGGGGGGGGCAAAUCUGGGGGGCCUGAGCAGCGCGGGUCAGAUGCUCAGCGCUGACUGUCACCUUGGCCAGGCAAUGGGCACGGCGUCCCCCGGCACCUCCCGGAGAAGAGUGACAAAGUACAGUACUGUGCAGUACUCCAGUCAGUAA